AUGCAUCGCUUUUCACUUGAACUGCAGAAAGAAAUGGCGGAAUUCGGCUCGGCUGCGUUGAUUUCCGGCUCGGGAACAGGGUCGAGGCAAGAUUCUACCCGGAACAAGGAGCUGGAGAAUUUGGUUCCAGCCAGAUCUUGGAAACUCGAUUCUCUGGGAGCUUUACCUCUUUCCGGAGCCAAAUGGGUGGCUGUAGAGGUAAAGUCCAAGUCAAUCUUAAAGCUAAAGUCAGAUGUCGGAGAGGAAGGAGUUGAUAUCGAGGUUGAUCCUAAUUGCAAGAAAAUAUAA